GUUGGGACGCCCACUUCUUCGCCGUCGAAUAGUCUGCCCGUCGCCUCCGCCAUGCUCUCCGGCAUCCUUAUAUUCAACCAAAAGGGCGAAAACCUCAUCUUUCGCGCCUUCCGCAACGACUGCCGCCCCCGCCUCGCCGACGUCUUCCGCAUCCAAGUAAUAUCGAAUGCACAAGUGCGCUCGCCGAUUCUCACACUUGGGUCCACCACUUUCAGCCAUGUCAAGCACGAGAACAUCUACUUGGUCGCCGUCACCAAAAGCAAUGCGAAUGCGGCGCUGGUCUUCGAGUUCAUAUACCGGUUGAUUGGGCUGGGGAAGGCGUACUUUGGCAAAUUCGAUGAGGAAGCUGUUAAGAACAACUUUGUGCUGGUGUAUGAGCUGCUUGAUGAGAUUCUGGACUUUGGGUACCCGCAGAACACCGAGACGGAUACGCUGAAGAUGUAUAUCACAACUGAGGGGGUUAAAUCGGAAAGAGCGAUGGAGGACUCAUCGAAGAUUACCAUGCAAGCGACUGGUGCAACUUCCUGGCGGCGUAACGACAUCAAGUACCGCAAGAACGAAGCCUUCGUAGACGUUAUUGAAGACGUAAAUUUGCUGAUGUCGGCGACGGGAACUGUGCUACGAGCAGACGUCAAUGGCCAGAUUAUCAUGCGCGCAUACCUCUCGGGCACUCCAGAGUGCAAGUUUGGACUUAACGACCGGUUAACACUGGGUGACGACAACUUGCAAGGGCCUUCUGGAAACAAGGCGGGCGCGAAGGCGACAAGAGCAGCAGCCGGAAGCGUGUCUUUGGAAGACUGCCAGUUCCACCAGUGCGUGAAGCUUGGGAAGUUCGACGCGGACAGGAUAAUAUCCUUCAUCCCUCCGGAUGGCGAGUUCGAACUGAUGCGAUACCGGGCGACCGAGAACGUCAAUCUGCCCUUCAAGGUGCACGCCAUCGUGAACGAGGUCGGAAAGACAAAGGUGGAAUACAGCAUAGCGAUUCGCGCCAACUACGGAUCGAAGCUGUUUGCAACGAACGUGGUCGUGCGGAUACCUACACCUCUGAACACAGCGCGCAUCACGGAGCGGACAUCGCAGGGCAAAGCCAAGUACGAGCCGGAACACAACAACAUUGUCUGGAAGAUCCCGCGGUUUACUGGACAAAGCGAAUUCGUGUUGAGCGCGGAAGCCAGUCUGACCAGCAUGACGAACCAGAAAGCGUGGUCAAGGCCGCCGCUGAAUCUGAGCUUUUCGCUGCUAAUGUUCACGAGUUCCGGGCUGCUGGUGCGGUAUCUGAAGGUGUUUGAGAAAAGUAACUACAGCAGCGUGAAGUGGGUGCGAUACAUGACCAGGGCGGGUAAUUAUGAGAUACGAUUUUAAUGGCGUUGUGCUCAUUUGUGACCACUCGCGGAUCGUGGAGGAGUUGCAUUGCAGGCGUUUAAUGGGACACAGUUGCCAUAUAUCCGCAUGCGUGAAUGGAUCAUUUUUCAAGAGACGGGCAUCUAAGCAUACGAUAAUGUAUUACGCGGUGACUGGUUGUCGCACUUUCUCUGCAGCGAGGUCGCUCCUUCACUCUAUUACUCAACAUGUGCAAUCUCUAUGCC